UUUUCUCAAUGUUUUACAAAUACAAUUCUGCAUUACAAGAAUUAGAAACAGCUUCAUUUACUUGUAUUGGCCCUCCAAAUAAAAAAAAUGUUUGGAGACUUGUAGAAUCUCAACUUGAAGAAACCUCUCAUUUAAAAAGUUUAUUACGUGUUUUUCGCUCUGAAGCAAUUACUUUACUUUUAACACAAUGGACAGGUUUACAUUUACACGAAAUUAGAAAAGGAGGAGCAAUAAAUGAAGGAAAUAAUGGAGAAGAAGGAGGAGAUGAGGUGACAACUACUACAAGUGAUAAUGGACCUCCCUCAAAAAAGUCAAAAAUAAAUUCGAAAGAAGAAAUUAAUAGAGAUGUCGAACUCGUUUCAUUUAUCAAUCGUUUUGAUCAAGGCUGUUAUUCAAUGGCUGAUGACCAACUUAUUGCUCAUUCUGAAGAUAAUGGAUUUAGUUUGGAUGUAAUUAUAUUUUUUGGCCGAAAACAAAAUUGGCCCUCACAAAAUGGAGGUUUUAUAAGUUAUUUUUCGAGUGGGGAAGAAGAUGAAAUUAUUCGUGUUAUUCCAACAUUGAAUACAGCUGCGAUAGUUUUUAGAGAACCAGGCGUUUUAAAUUUUACCAAAUAUGUAAAUCAUCGAGCGGGUUCAGACCAUUUUUUUACUUUAAAUUGCACAUUUUUUGGUGUUUGUACCGGUGAAAGUGAAAGCGAAGAAAGUUCUUUAAAUUCAAAAAGUAUUCAUGAAGAUAGUGAAGAUGAAGACGAGGAAGAAUUUGGGUCGGAGGAUUUUGAUGAAAAUGAAGAGGAGGAGGAAGAAGAGGGAAAGGAUGAGGGUGGUGGUGAUGGGAAUUGUGGUGGACUUUAA